CACUGCUGGGCUGCACUGGUGGGUGGGCACUGGUGGGCAGCACUGGUGGGUGGGCACAGGUGGGUGGCACUGGUGGGCACAGGUGGGUGGCACUGCUGGGCACAGGUAGGUGGCACUUCUGGGCACAGGUGUGUGACACUGCAGAGUGGCACAGGUGGGUGCACUGCUGGGCACAGGUGGGUGCACUGCUGGGCACAGGUGGGUGAUCUGCUGGGCACCGGUGGGCGGAGCUAGUGGGCGCACUGCAGGGCACAGGUGGGCGGAAUUUGCGGGUGGCACUGCUGGGCACCGAUCAUCAGGGCACUGCCAGUGCCCUGAUGAUCGCGUGUCAUUGGACACCGCUGAUCACGUGGUA